AUGGUGACCACCAAGUCUCUCCUCUCAGUCUUCUCCCUCGGUCUGCUGGGUACCGCUCAAGCCUACAGUCGAGGCGAAUGCCAAUACCCUACACAGAAUCCUCUCCAAGGUUGUCCUCAAGGAACUCUUCUGGUCGGUGCAGGACAGAAGUUCACUUCCAUUCAAUCUGCUGUCCUCAGUAUUCCCAACAACACGGUACCCUACUAUAUCCUUAUUCUUCCUGGAAACUACACCGAACAAGUCAACGUCACACGCCCUGGCCCUCUGACCCUGUUGGCCCAGACCAAGUACCCCAACGACAAUACCAAGAAUUCAGUCAACGUGAUCUGGCACAAUGCAACUGGAACAGCUAGCACAGGAAGCUACGACAACGCCUACACUUCCACCCUCACCAUUGCUCCUACAUUCAACAGUAGUUUGACCGGCAGUGGACCAACUGGCAAUCAAGUGCCCGCAGGAACACCCUUCGGCAACACUGAUUUCCGCGCUUACAACUUGAACUUCAUCAACGACUAUCUGCCCUACUCCGCCGGCCCUUCCCUAGCUCUAAGCGUCAGCUACGCAAACGCCGGAUUCUACUACUGUGGAUUCUACAGCUACCAAGAUACCGUCUAUGUCGGCAAGUUGGGAAAUGCAUACAUGUACAACUCCACCGUCGCGGGCCAAACCGACUUCCUCUAUGGCUUCGGCACCCUAUGGAUCCAAUCUUCUCUCCUAUCUCUCCGUUCCUGCGGCGGUGGCAUAACGGCUUGGAAAGGCACGAAUACAACCUUCGUAAACCACUAUGGCGUCUAUAUCCACGACUCCUUCGUCCGCGCCGCAAACUCCUCUCUGAAUAUCGUUGGCAAGUGCGCGCUAGGCAGACCAUGGAAUGCACUGCACAGGAGUAUAUUCGCAAACACCUACCUCGACGACUCGAUUGAACCUAGUGGAUACAUCAAAUGGAGUGCCACUGAUCCUAGAGUCAAUGGCAACACUACAAUGGCGGAGUAUAAAGAUUAUGGUCCCGGAUGGAAUGCAACGGGCAGAGCGGCAGGAAAUGUAACAAUUGUCAUGACGGAUGCGGAGUAUGCUCCUUACAGCACUUUGGAAAAAGUGUUCCAGGAGCCUUUUACGGGCAAAUUUGGGAAUACGAAAUGGAUCGAUAGGAAGCCUGUUGUGCAUGGGAAUUGA